GUUAUUAACAUAAUUAAUUUGCUGAACUGAAAGGCUUCUGCAUGGUAACGGAUCAUCUCGUUUCUCAGAUUUACAUUCAACGAGGCGUACAUCAUGGGAGACGACAUGGAAAGGACCUUUUACAUUCCCCACGAGAGACUCUUGGAAAAACACGCAACCAUUCCCGAGGACGUUAAACGAAAGCGGUUUGAAGCGAUAUGCAAGGCAAUCACAAGGGAGUCUGGCAAUGCCGUCAAUGUGCAAUAUGAAAUCCAGGACAACAGGACAAUCCGCUUCACUAUACAGGGCACCAUGGACCAGAUUGGGAUUGCAAUAGGCCUCCUAGAGCGACACCUCACAAAGGAACGCUGCCAGGACCGCAGAGCCUUACCCCAAAAUGUCGCUCCAUUGACAGUCGAUAACUUACGCCAACACAACCACACCAUGAUGGAACAGAGAGAAUUUGCCUGUCAAGCCUGUCAGAAUGUCUGGUGGAGGAAGGUCUUCAGUUACAAGCCUGUCUCCAGGUGCAACCGCUGCCAUGUGCGCUACGAUGCCGUGCCCCGGGAUCGAGUCUUUGGCUGGGGGAAGUUCCGAUGCCACUGUGGGAAUGUUUUCUUUGGACGGGCCCAGGCCGGUGUCCCCAGCAUCUGCUUCCAGUGCCGUGCCUCGGUCUUGCCUGAUGUAGACAGUAUUGGCCCCAUGCAGCAUAACGGCCCGCGGCAGUAUACCAGGAACCGUCACGCCUGUGACCUCUGCAACAAUGGCCGCAUCCAGCCCUGCCCUGGCUACAACAGAGUCCUGUGCCCUAGUCUGCCACACAUAAGCACUGGCUCCACCGCCUCCACUUUCUUGACGCAGCAGAGCCAUGCGUACAAUGAUCCGCUGAACUAGGUCUGGAGAGUGGCUGCAGGCAGUGUCAGAAACGAGAAUUUUUGGGGGGUUUGUGGCUAUGGGCUUUUGUACUAGAGUCUCGGUGUCCAAUUUUGCAACAAAUCUUAAAAAUCUUGUGGAUUGUUAGGUUCUAUGCACAUUGAAUGUUCAUUCAGUUUAACUUGUAUGUAUGCCAGCUAUUUUGACCACUAACUAAGUUAUUCACUUCGCCACUGUCACUUCUUUUUUAGCUUCAAAUGAAGAUUUUAUUUUAUAGAUGCCAAAUGUUUCAGUUGCAGACCCGUAUGAAUGCUACUUUUUUUUAGCUUUCUAACAAUCCAGAUUUUAUCAUUUAUAUUUUUGUUUACCUUUUGCUCAUACGAAAUCACAUCAUUUUAUUAACAUGUGUAAUAAUUCAAAUUCAUGAUAUACAUAAAGACAUAUAUAUGUAAGUGUAAUAUUUUUUUUAACUGUUCCAUAGUGACCCUCAUUGUAUUGUAUGGUUGAUUUCGUAUCAUGUCACAAGAUUUCAAGCAACUGAUAGAGUUUAUUGUGAAUGUUUCUAGCAUAAAAUGUAUAUGUAAUAACAGUUGUGUAACAACUAUACACAUAAGUAGUUUCAGCCCAAAAUAAAAUUUUGAGUAAAAAAUCUUGUAUAAGGAAAAACAAAAAGUUUAUUUCAUAUAUGUGACG